AUGCCUUAUGGCUUUAACAAAACACGAAAAAGCAUUGUGCCAUCAAAAUAUUGCCUGGUUUACAACAUUUGCAUUGAUACGUUCAUAAUUAGCUUAGCCCUGUACGCUCAUUUCAAAAGCCAGCUCAUUGAUUUGGACAACCUGAAAUAUGGCACAAUUAUGGAACAGCUUGGCCAAUUUACACUCAUGGUCAAUAUAAAUGCACUGCUAGCAACUAUGUGGACCAAUUGGAGUGAGUACAAGAGCGUGUUGGGAAUAUUCAACGAAUUCAUGGCAUUCGACAGCAUGUACUUCGCAAGGCAUAGCUAUUUAGCGAAGCAUUGCACUUCCUACGACAACUAUAUCAUCAUGAAGGGAUUGAUAAUGCUGCUGAAAAACGCACCAUCCAUUUUAAGAAUAAUUCGUCUGUAUAACAAAUUCAGUUUAUUCACAUUUUCGAUUACUCUACUACCAUUGCUUAUGGAGAAUAUCGUCUUGCUAGUAGUGCUUCACUUUUAUACUUUCAUCAUAGUGACUUACCGGUAUAUUUGGAUAUUGCAACAGCGCCUUAAGUUCAUGGCCAAGAGCAUACACAACUCAAAUAUUGACGCUAUGGAGCAUGAAAUCAAUGAAAUUAUUGGUGUUUACAUACGUAUACAGCGGGUGUGUCAGCAAUUUGGUAGAAUAUAUGGCAAGCAACUGCUGCUCAGCAUCACUGGCAUUGCUGGUCACAACAUAUUAACUCUAUUUAUAGUGGUCUUCAUUUGGAAUUACAUAAUAAUUUCCUGGGGCCUCGUCUUAGCUUUUUUCGUAGUAACAAUAAAUACAAUCGAUUUUUGGCUGGUCAUCGCUGCUUGUGAAUUAAUGGUGCAAACUACGCGUGAAAUGGCGCAAUUGCUGAGAUGCUUUAAUAAUUGUACGCAAUUAAAAGUGGAAUUUGAGCGAGAACUGGAAAUUUUUGCAUUGGUUUGCGCUACCAACUCCCCAAAUUUUCGCUUAUGUGGUUUGGUAGAUUUGGAUUAUUCAACUGGUGUAAAAAUUGUGUUGACCAUGAUUUUAUAUAUAAUCUAUUUGGUGCAAUUAUAUUAUAUUACCGACGCUGCUGAAGUUGCAUGCAAUUUGCGUGUCGAAUACACAUUUUUGCUGAACGUGAAAUGCCACAAGCUGCUGCGCGAAGUAGACAGCGAGGAAGUGGAAUCAAAUUUGCUGCACGAUUAG